UCGUGAAGCUACGAUAAGAGCUUCGGUCUGCGGAUACAAAGUGGCCGGUGACGCCACUGACUUUGAAGUCUAAUUCCUUCAUAUAUUUAGCUAGCGAAACUCUCUUUUACGUCUAAUUCAUCUCCUGAUUCUUCUUACGAUACUCUUCUUCAUCCUUCAUUCCGCUCAUUUCACUUACAAUGCAAGCCACAAGACGACAAGUAUUAUCCUCGGCCCAGCGCCUUGCUGGUGCCUCCUCCAACAGACUCACAAGACCAGCCAUUGCACGAUCAGCUCUCAAACCUCUCCUCCUUUCAGCAGCCCCCUCAGCCCGCCUCCUCCCCAUCUCACUAGUAAGGACGUACGCCAAUGGACGUCCAAACCCACCAGGAGGAACCCAUCGGAUGAACAUGGGAGGAGGUGAACAGGAGAAGCCCGCGCUGGAACAGUAUGGCGUGGACUUGACAGCCAAGGCUCGGGAGGGUAAGCUGGACCCCGUAAUUGGGCGAGACGCGGAGAUCCAGCGUACGAUUCAGAUUCUGUCUCGGCGGACAAAGAACAACCCGGUGCUCAUCGGAAAUGCGGGAACUGGCAAGACGGCCAUCCUGGAAGGACUCGCAUUGCGCAUCGUGCGGGGAGAUGUCCCCGAGAGCGUCAAGAACAAGCGAGUCAUCUCUUUGGAUCUGGGUUCGCUGAUUGCCGGAGCCAAGUUCCGAGGCGACUUCGAGGAGCGUCUGAAAAAGGUGCUGGACGAAGUCCAGAAGGCUGAAGGCCAGGUGAUCCUCUUCAUCGACGAACUACACACCCUGCUGGGACUGGGCAAGGCCGAGGGCUCCAUUGAUGCCUCCAACCUGCUCAAGCCGGCACUGGCCCGUGGUGAACUGCAGUGCUGCGGUGCGACCACCCUCGCUGAAUAUCGUGUCAUUGAAAAAGACGUGGCGCUCGCCAGACGUUUCCAGCCCAUCAUUGUUAGCGAGCCCUCCGUAGAAGACACCAUCAGCAUCCUGCGAGGUAUCAAGGACAAGUACGAGGUUCACCACGGUGUACGGAUCACGGAUGGCGCCCUGGUAGCUGCCGCGUCCCUGUCGAACCGAUACAUCACGGAUCGAUUCCUCCCGGAUAAGGCCAUUGAUUUGAUGGACGAAGCCGCGAGUCAUUUAAAACUCCAGCACGAAAGCAAACCCGAAGAGAUUAUGAAGCUUGAUCACAAGAUUAUGACUAUUCAGAUUGAACUGGAGAGUCUACGCAAAGAAACAGACAUUGCGAGCAAAGAGCGCAGAGAAAAGCUGGAACAGGAUCUUAAGAAGUAUAACGACGAACUUUCAGAACUCAACGCAAGAUGGGAGAAGGAAAGGUCAGAAAUCGAGUCCGUCAAGAAGGUGCAGGAGGACCUGGACAAGGCCAGGUUCGAGCUCGAACAAGCGCAGAGGAGCGGCAACUUUGCCAGGGCCUCUGAGCUUCGGUUCGGUGUCAUUCCCGAUCUGGAGCGGAAACUGCCGUCUGACAAGGAGAUCCAGCAAGACCAGAGCGAUAGCACUCUCAUCCACGACGCAGUGACCGCCGACGACAUUGCCAAUGUCGUAUCUCGCAUCACCGGCAUCCCUGUCUCGAAGCUCACCUCGGGACAUAUCGAAAAGUUGGUUCACAUGGAGGACAUUCUGCGGGAGUCGGUCAAGGGACAAGACGACGCCAUCAAGGCCGUCUCCAACGCCGUGCGGCUUCAGCGAGCUGGCCUCAGCGGCGAGAACCGCCCCUUGGCUUCCUUCUUCUUCCUCGGACCGACUGGUGUUGGCAAGACUGAGCUUUGCAAGAAGCUGGCCAGCUUCCUCUUCUCGACCGAAUCCGCCGUCGUUCGGUUCGACAUGUCGGAAUUCCAGGAGAAACACACCAUCUCUCGCCUCAUCGGCGCUCCGUCCGGCUAUGUUGGAUACGAAGACGCUGGGCAGCUGACGGAAGCGGUGCGUCGCAAGCCGUAUGCCGUCCUCUUGUUCGACGAGUUCGAAAAGGCACACCGGGACAUUUCUGCUCUGCUUCUCCAGGUCCUUGACGAGGGUUACCUCACAGACGCCCAGGGCCACAAGGUUGAUUUCAAGAACACCAUCAUCGUUCUCACCUCCAACCUGGGAGCGGACAUCCUCGUGGGCCAGAACCACCUUCACCCGUACAAGGAGGACGCCAACGGCGACAUUGAUCCGUCUGUUCGCCAGGCAGUCAUGGAUGUGGUCGCAUCCGCUUACCCGCCAGAGUUCCUCAACCGCAUCGACUCCUUCAUCAUCUUCAAGCGGCUGGCCAAGACGGCCAUUCGCGAAAUCGUCGACAUCCGCCUCAAGGAGCUGCAGCAGCGCCUGGAUGACCGACGCAUCACGCUGUCCGUGUCGGAUGCCGUCAAGGACUGGCUGGCGGAGCGAGGCUACGACCCCAAGUUUGGAGCCCGUCCGCUGAACAGGCUGAUUACGAACGAGAUCAGCAACAAUCUUGCUGACAAGAUUAUCAGGGGCGAGCUCAAGAUGGGACAGACGGCGGAGGUCAAGUUGAGCGACGACAAGGAGGGACUGGAGAUUGUGAAUGUCUCUGAGAAUGCCUGAAAUUUGCAAUGAGUGAUGGCGGUUGACAUUUUUAUAUGCAUUUAGAAUGGACUUGUAUAAUGAAUGGGUGUACAGACUCCCCUCGGAAAAGCGCAUGUAAAUAGCUGAUACCCCGCUUUGAAUAUGAAAGGAAGAUUCAAAUGUUCUUCUAAAUAUUCAACGGGUAAUGAGUAAUGAAUCAAA